AUGGGAUCUGGGCUGUCGAAAGCGCUGGGCAAGCUCUUUGGCAACAAGGAGAUGCGGAUUUUGAUGCUGGGUCUGGACGCGGCGGGAAAAACGACCAUCCUGUACAAACUCAAGCUGAACCAGUCGGUCACGACGAUCCCGACUGUCGGCUUCAACGUCGAGACGGUGACGUACAAGAACGUCAAAUUCAACGUAUGGGACGUCGGCGGGCAAGACAAGAUCCGUCCCUUGUGGCGACACUACUACACAGGCACUCAGGGACUCGUCUUCGUCGUCGACUCGCAAGACCGCGACCGGAUCGACGAAGCGCGGACCGAGUUGCACAAGAUCUUGAACGACAGGGAGAUGAAGGAUUGUUUGUUGCUCGUGUUUGCGAACAAGCAGGAUUUGCCGGAUGCCAUGACCCCGACGGAGGUGACGGAGAAGCUCGGGCUGUUGAGGAUGAAGGACCGCAGCUGGUACUGCCACCCUUCGAAUGCGCUCAACGGCGACGGUUUGUUCGAAGGCCUCAACUGGCUCUCGCAGAACAUCAAGGCGCAGAAGUAG